AUGGUAUGGCUGAGAUUGUAGAGCAACACAUGAAUCCCAGGUGCAAUGGCGACCCUAGAUUUCUUAACAAGGUUGACAUCCUUGUACGGACCAUCGGCCCAUCUCGCCCUUCUCGUCUCCAAGUCUCCUCUUCAAUCACUGUGCUUGACUUAAGAAAGUUGAUUGCUGAAAAUUAUCAGUUACCAUUAGAAAAGUUGAAGCUUAUUAUGCGAGGCAAUGUGUUGCAUGACAGCAAAAGUGGGCAAGAUGUGAAUCUCCAUCUCAAGGAUGGCGAUUCUCUUAUUGUUGCUGUCAAACCAAAGCCACCAGCUAAGCAUCUUCGGGAUGGAUUUGAUGAUGAUGACGAUGAAGAUGAUCUGAAGUUUCAGCUUCCUCAGUCUUCAAGCCGGUGGAAGAGGAGAGUUUAUGCUGUUCUACAUGAUAAGUUGAAGCUUCCUGAUAUUCUUUUGAUGGCCAUUUUCUCUCUCAGUUUGAAGAUGUGGGUAAUUAUCAUUAUGUGGUUUAUAUUGGCACCUGUGGCCCACAGAUGGGAUGUUGGCCCUUUAUAUAUACUAGGCACCGGUUUUGGUAUCAUUCUUCUGAAUCUAGGACAGCGGAAGGCUGGCGAUGUCAGUGCAUAUUCGAUUUUCAAUGAAGAUUUUAGAGAGCUUCCAGGGACCCUUAAUGCAGAACGUCUUGAUGGGGACAUACGAACAGGGUUGCAAGCGCUGGAACAAGUAAGUUCUUACCGUGGCUCGCUUGCCCCCGUCACCUCAUACUGGCUUCACCACAUGGGUCGCUAGAAAUGUGUAGAAAUUGUACUUCAAAGCUCGGUAUCCGGUGCGAGACUACGACCUGAAGGUUUUCAUGGUUGCUAAAAUCUGAGGCCUACCGGUUCACUAGGUAUUAAGAUUAGUCUCAAUGGAAGAACAUGUGGUCAUGUACCAUUUUGUACUAUGCAGAACCACUGCAGAUACUUGAAAAUAAAGGCUAUGAAACAUAAAAUGUAUUGCUUGAC